UUCGUUGACUUGUUUUUGAGAUGAGUGAGUUACUUCAAUUGGUCGCGAGCGUAGGAAUCGGCGGCCUGGUGGCUUAUUGUGUGUGGCAUACAUUGCUGUUCAUCAAGCCUUUCCUGUCAUUCCUGUUUCCACACUAUUAUCCUGUGUUGUAUGAUGUGUCGUCCAUUGAACCACAGCCACCACCACCGAGAAGCGUCAUCGAAGAAACGUGCAGGAAAGAGUUUACAAAAUUCAAGGUCAACGGGACGAAAUGGGACGUGAUCAUUGUGGGAAGCGGAAUAAGUGCGUUGACCUCGGGGGUCCUUUUGUCUCGGGCCGGGAAAAAAGUGCUGGUUCUGGAGCAGGCACCUGAGGCUGGCGGUUGUCUGCGGACGUUUCAUCUGGACGGUUACGAGUUCCAAGUCGGCUGCCAUGUCCUGGGGCUCACGGGGCCCUGCGAAGGUGUGAAUUCGUUUGACCUACUGAACCAGGCCACUGGAGGAGCGAUGGCUUUUGAGAAGCAAGAUCCGGAGUUUGAGCAAAUUCUGAUCCGGCACAAAGAUGAGUCAAAGACGAAGCUUUACACCCAGAGGUUUGGGUCACAGGCAGUGUGGGAAGAAAGCAUGAUUGCCCAGUUCCCCAAAGAAGCCGACACGAUUCGCAAGUUCACUCAGGCGUGCAGUGAGGCAUACAAAUCCACGUACAUCGUGUUUGUUGUCAAAUACUUGCCAUUCUGGCUCGUUCGACUGGUACUGAAAAUUGGCUUCAUCCGGAAGUUGUUCGAAUACGAAAAGUGGCAAAACUUGAACACCCGGGAUUAUCUCAAUAGUCUCUCGGACAACUCAGAUUUGAAAAAGUUCAUGGCUUGUCCUGCUGGCUACAUUGUGCCUGAUCCUGAGGGCUCUAACAUGAUUGUUACUGGUUUCAUACCGAAAUUCCUGAUUAAUGGUGUUUUUUAUCCACUUGGCGGUCCUGCAAAGAUGGCUUACCACCUUGUCAAACAAAUCCAACGCAUGGGAGGAGAAGUGCUGGUGAAUGCAAAUGUUGCCGCUAUUCUGCUGGACAAGGACAAAACCCGAGCCUAUGCCGUGGCUGUGGAAAGUGAAAACGAGGGAUCACUGGUUAUUGAAGCUCCUAUCAUCAUUUCAAGUGCAGGAAUUUGGAACACGUUCGAACGACUCAUUCCAAGGGAGGUGAGCAUGCAGUUUCCGAUUAUAGCCGAAGCGCUGCGAGUGGCUCCACCUUUGGCGCCAUGUGCGCCAUUGAUUGCUUGGGUCGGCCUGAAAGGUACGACAGAAGAACUUGGAAUCAAGCAAGCCAGUGUUUGGCAUCUGAGAGGAGAGGGAGACUUUUUCCAGGAGUACAAGAGCUACCUUGAGAUGACCCGAGAACAAGUACUGGAAAUGGAAGAAGUUCCAUUUGAAUGGACCUUGAUCCAAUUUAUGUCUGCGAGGGAGAGUGAUUACAACGUCAGAAAUCCGGGGAAGUCAGUUUGCAUGAUAGCUGGGUUCAUCAAGUGGGACUGGUUCGCUGAAUGGGACAACAUGAACCUGAACGAACGCGGGGAGAAAUACGAGAAGCUGAAACAGACACUCGGGGCCCGACUGAUUCACAACUGGUUGCUCCAGUUCCCGCAUCUCAAGGACAAAAUCGACCUGAUAAAUUUUAGCUCUCCGGUGUCUUUCACGAACUGGCUGCGUCGGUACCAUGGGAAACUCAUGGGCUUCGACAUGAAUGCGUCGCGGUUCACGCUGGAAGUCCUGUCAGCCAUGCGACCUUCAACCGGAAUUGAAGGUCUGUACAUGACUGGACAAGAAGUAACGACCGGAGGAGUGACGAAUUCUUGUGCUGCGGGUUUCAUGACUGUCGGUGAAAUCUUGGGCAGAAACUUGCUGCUCGAAUUGUUGGCGAUGAACUGGAACAAGCCAAAUCGGGAUUUCCAUAUUUUGUGAAAAAGAACACGAAAUCCCUGAAUUGUCGCAUUUUUUUUUCGAGAGAUUCCAAAACUGAUUGGAUUCAGCACGUGGUUGACUCAACAGUGGAAGGAAUAAAAGAUGAACACAGCUUACGCUUAAUUCCUGGAAA